GCCAUUUUGACAGGGUGCAUCGUGCAGCCAAUCAGAUCAUCGCAUACUGCUACAUUCUUCAGCUAUUUUCCUCUACUCGUCCUCUCUUUUCCGGAAAUUGCAGCGUGACCGACGUUUCGUGUCUUUCGCAGACUUAAAAAUGCGUUACGUGGCCGCUUACCUGUUGGCUGUUCUGGGUGGCAACGCCAACCCAUCCGCCAAAGACAUCAAAAACAUCCUGGGGAGUGUCGGAAUUGAGGCCGAUGAUGAACGUCUUAACAAGGUCAUCAGUGAACUGAAUGGCAAAGACAUCAAUGAAGUCAUGAAUGCCGGCCUCUCUAAGUUAACCUCCGUUCCAGCGGGUGGUGCAGUGGCGGUCUCUGCUGCUGCCGCCACUGGUGGCGGUGGAGCCGCACCUGCUGGGGAAGCACCUGCAGCGGAAGAGAAAAAGGAAGAGAAGAAAGAAGAAUCUGAGGAGUCUGAUGAAGACAUGGGCUUUGGCCUCUUUGAUUAAUCUUUCUUUUGUACCUAUAAAAAUACAAUAAAAAAAGGAAAACAUUUGUGUUUAAA